UUCCAAGGUUGAUCUGCCUGAUCCGAACCAGCAAGGGUUCUCUUCCUGCCCCUCAACACCCCCCCAUUGAUCUCAUCUGACUGGCUUCUUCCUCUACAUUUGUUACUGCGUCUGGACUCGAGCAUUUCUGCUAGAGCGAUCUUGGUUUGAAUCCACACACUGGUGUGGCCUGACACUAGUGGCUUAGCUGAGGCCGACCGCUACGUCAGCGAACGGUAGUUUCCUGACUGAACGAGUUGUCCCCCUAUUAGGCCGACCUAUCCUUCUUGCUGAAUUCUAAGCUCUAAUCCAUCUACAGUGCAUCGUACUCCAUGGAUCGGCGGGCUUUUCGAGCAGCCGUUUUUUUAGCAGCCGUUGUCCCUUUGCUAACUUCAGUCUCCGCAAGCGCUGGCGAUACGGAUCCGACCUUCCAAUCAUGCCUGCUUGACUGCCAGAAAACCGGAUGCGUGAGCGACCGCUGCAUUCCCGGCUGUCCGCCUGCAAUCACCGCUGACGGGAUGACUGACGGAAUGGUGACGGGUCCGUUAGAGCUCCGUCUGCUGCGGUGGGACUGCGUGAGCGAGUGCAAGUACCAGUGCAUGCGCGACAUUCAGAUGCCCGGGGUACCUCAAGUGCAGUACUACGGCAAAUGGCCCUUCAUCCGCGUUCUUGGCUUCCAGGAAAUCGCGUCGUCCGCCUUCUCCAUUCUCAAUUUCCUCGCCACGCUCUACGGCCUCUACUCCUUCCUGCGACUCGUCUAUGCCAAGCUGCCACGCAAGCCCAUGGGCGACAAAGGCCCGCUCUACGAGUACUCCACGAUCAUGGCCGUCUACGGGCUCUUUGCCCUCAACUCCUGGCUCUGGAGCGCCAUCUUCCACGCACGUGACGUCUCGGUCACAGAAGUGGGCGACUACUCAUCUGCCAUCGCCCUCAUUGGCAUGUCGCUGCUGGUGUGCAUCAUCCGCAUCAGCAGCCUCAGGGAGGAGGCCACGCGGGUGAUGGUAUCAGCACCUGUGAUUGCCUUCACCACUACGCACAUAUUCUUCCUCAACUUCUAUGACUUUGACUACGAUUGGAACAUCACUGUGUGCACAGUCAUGGGUGUCGCACAGCUGCUGCUGUGGACCAUCUGGGCCAUAAGCACGCGGCACCCCUCUGCCUGGAAGGUUCUGCUCGUUGCGGGCGGCACUGCCUUGUCCUUACUGCUGGAGCUGUACGACUUCCCGCCGAUUCUGGGCCUGUUUGACGCGCACUCGCUGUGGCAUGCGGCGACAGUGCCGUUCACGCUGGUGUGGUGGAGCUUCCUGUGUGACGAUGCCAAGUAUCGCACGCAGGUCCUGCUGGCAAUGAAACGGCCGAGUAGGGGUGAAUCGAAGAAGGUCCAAUAGAGAAAAAUGUGGGAGACUCUAUAGGGUUCUGAGAAAGAAACAGGUCCAGCCAAGCCUUACUAACUAGUUUUAGCUCUCGAUUACCAAAUUUUGGCUGGUACUAGACCCCGCAAUCCCUUGCCAAUACUGGGCCUGUUUGAUACGCACUGGCUGUGGCUGGCACACUGUAACGGUGCUGUUCAUUCUCAUCUCAUGUGGUGAAUCUCCCUA